GCAACGAUCUGAAGCCUCCCGAUUUACUCCACCGCUUUUUGCCGCUGCAAACGCACCUUUCUACCAUGCUCAGUGCUUCCAAGCAGAGCUCUGCCGCGCUCCUGCCACCGCCUGAGGUUAUUCACAACCUCUGCGCCUGGCUGGACCGGCUUCCACUCAGUCGCCCCAAGCGCCACCUGGCUCGGGACUUCAGUGAUGGUGUGCUGGUGGCCGAGAUUGUGAAGCACUUCCACCCUCGGCUGGUGAACUUGCACAGCUACGUCCCAGCCUGCAGUACAGACCAGAAGUUGAGCAACUGGAGCCUUCUCAACAGGAAAGUCUUUCAAAAGCUGCACUUAUGUAUCUCAGAGGCCGACAUCCAAAAGGUGGUGUCCAACAAGCCUGGGGUUAUCGAGUCUAUCUUGUGUUCGCUGAAGGAGAAAAUGGAGGCCAGCACUGCUCACGGAGGCCCGGCUGGUGAAGCUGAACCAGGCCUCUCCAGUGUGGAUGCUGUCCGACCUUUGGGAGGGCUAAGCACCCACUCGCAUACCACUAAGACUCAAAAUCUUAAUGUGGAUAACAGCAGCUCAUCAGAGCCCCUCUGGGAUUCCUAUGGAGAGUGUCGCUACAUUCCUGAAGGCUGGACACAUGACAAUCACGAGCUCACAAAUCUUCAAAAGAGGGCAGGCCUUCAGAGCCCUCCAACCCCCGUCAGCAUGAAGACCAUUCAGAAUCAAAGGGAUCUGGAGAAAAAGGGCUGCUGUGCUUGCAGAGGGGACCCAGUUGAAGGGCUCUGGGAUCACCUGGCCGACAUCCAGCAGCAGCUGGAAGAUAAGGAGCAAGCAAUAGCCAUUCUGCAGGAGACAGUCAAGAUUUUGCAGAUGAAGGUAAUGAGGUUGGAGUAUCUGGUACAGCUGAAGGACCAACGGAUCUGGGAGCUGAUGAGAUCUGGGCCCGAGGAGCGUCAGAGCUGGAGGGCCCCCCAUCCAGAGUCGUUCAGACCUUGAUCCCGAGCCCAGCUGGAGCCUCGCACUGACCAGGCAGCUUCAGAGUGGGACAAGUGAAGGCAGAA